AUGCCUGCCAACGAUUCCUCGCUGACUGGGUUCAAAAGAAAAAUCGCCUGGUCCAGGACUGGCGCAAUCGCCUACAUCGCCCCAGACGGGUCAAAGGCAUUUCUGCGGAAUCUCAACUGCAGUCCCGAGGACGGCAAAUGGAGCCUGAGUGAUGGAGACCAUGAUCACCCCAUUGCUGAAGCACAGACUGGUCAUACCCUGGUUCAUCUUGCCUGGAAUGAGCCUGGGACCGACCUGGCGGUUGUCGACUCCUGCGGUCGAAUAUCGAUCGUUGGAAUGUCGAUUGGCCUCAAUGUCCUGAUCCAGUCGCGUCCGCCAGCCUUGGACCCCGAUGACGAUGGCAAUCAGCCUGUCGGACUGAUGUGGCUUGCCUUGAACCGCUCGCUGGCUUUGUUUGUCGUUACGAGAUCUGGCAAGUUGAAAUUGCUCUAUCAAAACCAGGAAUCUAAAUGGGGGGAUAUGGUGAUCGAGCUACAAAACACAGGUUAUACUGACGAUGCUCUAACGCAUGCAUCCAUGACCCCGGUAGAUGGUGGAGGAAUAAUGGUCGUCACAUACUCGGCGAGAAAUGAACUACGGCUCUACCGUGCCAUGCUCAAAUGGGAAGGCACACCAGUUGAUUCCAAUACCCAACGACCAAACAAUUCCAUUGCGGUGCCCAGUGUGCAGUUGGCUCACAUCGAGGUUGAAAUUCCAACCGUUGUACCAUCACCCUCAACAUAUGUCGUAGGGAACGAAGACAACAUCACCAACAAUGCAAAUGGGCUAUUUGCACUUACGCACCUUAUCGAAACAGCCUCGAAAUCCACUCCUGGUAGGCCUAUGCGCGUAUUACUGUUGCCUAUUGAUCCAGCUGACAAUUAUAUUCCCUUUCAGCCAAGUACCGAGUUGAAUAGACAGGCGGAUACAUAUUUUGACAGACAUAUAGUUUCCAUUGACUACAUGGAGACGGGGAAUAUCUUUGCUAUUACCACCGAUGAUGGCAAUAUAGCAUUUUAUGAUGCAAAGGGCUUUACUCCUUUAUCUGGCGUUGAGGAUAUCGAAACUGUUACAAGCCUUCCACAAUCCGGCUUUACCUUUCCAGCCGCAAUUUCUCCGAAAUUGCUAACAUCAAUGCAAGGCGUUCAUAUUUCAUUUUCACCAAGUGGCUGCAUUGCAGCAUCUCUUGAUGAGAAAUCGCAUGUCCAGAUGCGUGUGAUGGAGCAUUCUUUUGGUCAUGAGCAAGAUGGUUUGUUUAAUGAUGAAGCUAAUGAGGUUGAAGGAAAAUUCAUGAGUGCACUUGCUGCUCUCACCAUGGCUUAUUGCAGAGCUUGCAGCAGCGACAGUAAUAAUGAUGAUAUACUAAUGAUUGUUAUUCAACAGCUCAACCAAGAUUCUCACAAGAAAUUCAUAGAUGAAGUAUAUCGAGCUCUGUCGAUGAACGUUACUGUCGAGCAAGACAAGCUCAUGAAUAACCCAUACAUCCUGAAAUGCUUCAGUAUGCAGGCUGCACUUGGGUUUAAGAACCGACUUGAGCGCCGUAACCUUGCAGCUGCUGUUCCGUGGCUGACUCUACAGCUUCGACAAAUAUCCAUCCUACUCACAUAUAUACUACAUUUCAAUAAAGCUGGUACUGAUGUCGAGUGUUAUGAUCCUGAAACACUACGAAUAACAUUGGGAAAUGUGAAAUGGGCUCUCGACCUGGCUAAAUACAUUGUUGACGACCUAUUCGAGAUUUCUGAUAAUCUAAACAACCAGUCUAGCAGCCAAGACUCAGGAUCAUCAUCAGGUAAGGAAAUUGCUGCCAAUUCAUGUUAUACAACACUCUGA